AUGCUUGAGAGCGGCAGCGUGAAGAGGAACGGCAUGAACGGUGCUAGCAUCAAGCACGAUCAGGAGGUCUUCUUGGAAGGCGAUAAAGCUGCGCAUGUUCUCAGCUUCGACCCCGAGAAUGCGAUGGAGGAGCUGCUGGGCCGCGAGCGAGUCAACUUUGACAACUUCAUGGCACCAGGGAGGCUGCACAGAGAGAGCGAGAGGACGAGAAGCAGCGGGCGAGGGGAGGACUUCAUGCCUCUGCUGUGCACCUUGGGGGAGGGAGGAGUGGACAUCUCGACGCCGUGGCGGUGCGAAAUUUGCAACAUCUUCUUCCACUGCUCGCAGGCGCUGGGAGGGCACAAGAUGAACUCAACGGAUCACAAGCAGCGGGUGGAGAAGCUGAGGAUGGGAGAGACAGCAGACCUUCCUCCCGUUCCUCGCCUCAGCCUCCACGUCUACUCCAACGAGGAGGCCAACCAGCGGGAGUUUCGUAGGACGCGCCUCCCCCCCAUGGCUCAGAUGCCAGGCUAUGACCGCGUGCUGCUGGGGUUCCCCCCCGACGUUCGCGUGGGACUGUCAAGAGUCUCGUCGCCCGCAGCCUUCUUUUCCUCCUGCAACCUCGAGGUUUUCCGCCGCCACGAGAAGUUCGGAGCCUUCGGAGGAAGGAUCAUCGACGUCUACUUCCAACAGUCACUGGAGGACCUCGAGUCGCUUCUCCUGGACCUCAAAAACCUCCCAGGCAUCUCACAAGGCAUGGACGAGGAGGAGAUGAACGAGAUCAAGAUCUUUGCCCGCAUGCUCUUGACCAAGAAGAAGUUUCUCGACGUCAACCGCCGGGCAGUGAGCAAGAGGAUCAAGGGAAUCCGACGAGCAGGAGGAGAGAAGCUGAGGAUUUUCAACAUGAAGAAGAGCAAGCAGGCAGCUGGUGAACCCUAUCCUUCCUCCUUCUUCUCCUCCUCUUCAUCAUGGUCAUUAUCAACAUCACCCCCAUUCUACUCCUACUCCUGCUCCUACUUUCUACAAAUACCGCUACUACUACUCCCCCUCCCCUCCUCCUACUGCCACUACUACUUCUACCCCACUCCUCCUCCUCGCUCCUGCCGCGGGUUUAGCUUCCUCCCCCUUGAUCGCUGA